UAAAGGUGAGAAGUGGACUUCCUGGAAGGGGGGUAUACUGUUAUUCUGUGGGGAGUUUUGCAAUGGCCGAAUCCCAGCUAAUGUGCAUGGACGAUGAACACGUCAAUGAAAAGAUACCGGAGUCCAAACCCGAGUUUUACUACAGCGAGGAGCAGCGUGCCGCCGUCGAGCAGCUGUUAAAGAACGGAGAUGGCGCUUUCAAGAUGAGGCUAAAAGAGGACAAAGUUAAGGAUUUCCUCUCGGCCCGGGAGAUUAAAUGGAUACGUAAAAACUUUCGCGCAUAUGACACUGAGGGCGAAUCGGACAACGUAUGGACCGGACCACAGCGAGACUCCAAAGCGGACUCCGGUGUUCACUCCACUUACUGGCCUCAGCUAUCGGAUACCGAGGUGCCACCUUUGGACAUCGGCUGGCCGGAUGGUGGUUUUUAUAGAGGAGUGACCCGGGUGACAGUUCACACCCACCCACCUAAAGAAAACGGGCCACAUAUCAAAGAGGUGGUUCGUAGACUGAUCCAAGAAUCUAAUAAGGUGGUUGCAAUUGUCAUGGAUCUCCUGGCCGACCUUCAGAUCCUGCAGGAUCUUUUGGACGCGGCGUCCAAGCGCAGUGUGGCUGUCUACAUUGUGCUGGAGGCGCACGGCAUUCCUCACUUCUUGGACAUGUGCAGUCGGCUGCAGGUGGGAGCCAUGCACCUCCGGAACAUUCGAGUGCGGACGGUGCAGGGCAUUGGACUAGCGCUGUCAUUUGGCAAGCUCGCGGGCUGUCUGUGUAGUAAAUACAUGCUGGUAGAUGGAGACAAAGUCAUGUUCGGAUCAUACAGCUUCACAUGGAGCUCCUCUCGCAUGGACAGGAACAUGAUCACUGUCAUGACGGGUCAGGUGGUGGAAAUCUUUGACAAUGACUUCCGAGAACUGUACGCCAUCUCUGACAACGUGGACCUGUACAAGGAGUUCCACAUCACCAAACCCCCCAAGCCCACCCCUGUCAAAGCAACAACAGCCCACAGGCCAGCUCCUGCAGCUUCCACCUCUCGCUUCCAGGUGACCCUGGGGGACUCCAGACAAGCCAGCCUCAAGGUCCCAGCACACAAAUACUACAACCCCAAAUAUUCCCUGGUUGUGGGGAACAGUCAACUGAUGACAGGCUCCAUGCAGGAUCUGCCCUCCAUGAGGCCAUCGCAAAGCGUGGAGAGCUCGCUGAAUUUGAUGGAGAAGUUCCUCCAGGCCAGCAGUGACAGCAGUGAGAGGCUGGACACGCUUGCUCCCCUGCCGUCCACCGCUAUUGAGGCAGAGGGCAAAGGGGGAUCCAAAAGGCAAAACGGACUCGGGGCAAAGAAGCAGCGCAGCUCCUUCAGAUUUUUCCUGAAGGGAAAGGCAGCCAAUCAGAGCAUGGCUGCUGAACCGGAGGCCACGCCCUCUAUUCCAAACUCCUCCCCCGUCCGCAAAACCCCGACGACCACAGGUGAGAGGCUGGAGGAUAGCUUUGAGAUCCUGGUCCCAGAGAAACAGCCGAAAGGAAAAAGUAAGAAGACGUCGAAACUGCAGCCAAGGAGCAUGUCUCUACAGGCCGUCAACACGCAAGAGGAAGAAAGCUUGAAAGGUCGAAAGCGAAAUCAAAAGAAGGCCUGUAUUCAGUCCUGAGAGAGAGGGAGCAAGAGGGAGGCAUUCGAUAGAUCAAUGUGAGCAGCAAAUAACUGAAGGACUCACUUUCUGCCAAGGUGAAAACUGAGACAAUGGAUACAAAAAUGAACAUGAGCGUGUGUGUGAGAUCCCAACAUGGAGGCCUUGUGCAAUACACUGUAUCUUUAUUUCACAUUCCUGAGACGUUGCUGAGAAGUUAUGAUAAUGACUCCUCCGUGGAUGGUGAAAUCACUCACGGAGUCAGUUGGCAGAGUCCUGUCUUUAUUCAUUUCAUUACAUUACAUUACAGUACAUUGCAUUCGUUUAGCAGACCCUCGUAUC